GUUAGAUUUCAGUUUUUGACUCUACAGUUGACUUCACCUUUAUAAGGACAACGCAGCUAAGAUCGCUGGAAUUAAUACGCCUUGACUCCCGAAAAAGAUGGAUGAUUGAUAUGAAGAAUUUAAACGGGGACCCUAUUACCAGCACUGUAUUAAGGUUGGUUUACACGUUUAAUAAUGAGUGAGGAAAACCCAUGCGAUGCUGAUUCUCGUACGGAAGGACGCCAUGUUAAACCGAAUCAGGGAAUAUGGAAAAACAAGGUGGAAUAUAUAUUGUCACUGGCUGGUUAUACAACAGGUACUUCAGACUUCUGGAGGUUCCCCUACCUUAUCUGGAGACACGGCGGAGGAACGUUUAUAUUUGCCUACGUCAUCAGUGCUGUGAUCAUAGCUAUCCCUGUCUAUUACCUGGAAGUAGCCGUAUCACAGUUUUCAGGUCGAGGCAUGUUCGAUGUGUGGGAUAUCUCACCUAUCAUGAAAGGAUUGGGAAUAGGAAUGUUCCUUAUCAACUUGGAAUAUGUUAUUAGUGCACCGACCUUCCGACUUUGGAUAAUGCAGUAUAUUGGAUACAGCUGCAUGUCCCCAUUGCCUUGGAAACGAUGUGAUAACCCAUGGAAUACUCCCGCCUGUGUGGAUUUCUACAACACUCCGUCAGAAACAGUAAAUUCAACACUGAAUAUAUCACAGGCUUCUACAUCCGAAUAUAAUAUGUCGGCAACGGUCCCUAAAAUGCAGGUGCUAGCAGAGGAAGAGUUUUUCUUACACAAGAUACCCCAGAUAUCAGGUUCUGUGUACGAGUUGGGAACACUGAGAUGGGACUUGUGUCUGUGUUUACUGGUAGUCAGUGUAAUGAUGUCUUUGUUACACAAUAUACUCCAGAUAUCAGGUUCUGUGUACGAGUUGGGAACACUGAGAUGGGACUUGUGUCUGUGUCUACUGGUAUUUACGUCCGUUUGUACUGCGUGUGUGAUUAAGAGUGAGAAAUCUAUUGGAAAGGCCAUGUAUGUUUUGACGUUUCUGCCCCUUGUCCUGUUGGUGAUAAUUUGGAUACGGACGCUUGUAUCACCUGGAGCCGUGGCGGGAAUGAAAUAUUUCUUAACUCCAAACCUAAGAAAAUUUGGAGAGCUUGAGCUGUGGGUCCAGGCUGGAUUCAGCGCUGUUUUCUCUCUCGGUACAGCUCAUGGGGGGGUCAUGGAGUUGGGGAGUGGUGCUAGCUUCCGAACAAGUGUAUUGAGCGCUUCAGUCAUUCCGUGUGUGAUUGAUAUUUUUGGUAGUAUCUUCACCAGCAUGGUCGUGUACUCUGUUAUCGGGGUGAUGGCACACGAGAGUGGCAUGCAACUUGGAGAGACUUUAUUUUCUGGAAACUCUGCAGCUUUUGUGGCCUUCUCCAGGGCGUUUUCGUUCUUCCCGUUGCCUAACCUGUGGCUGGUGUUAUUCUUCCUGGCAUUUUUAGUUGCAACAUCUGACAUCAUAAUAAUCUUUUACGAAAUACUGAACCGGUGUCUUCAAAACUUCGUACCAGGUCUUAGAGACAGACCAAAAACAUCGUUCGCCGCCAUGUUUGUCAUCAGUUUCCUGGCCAAUCUCCCCUUCUGUACACAGGCCGGACCCUAUUUCUUCCAAAUAACGGGUUGGUAUAUUGCUUCAUGGGGCGUGUUCUUGAUGGCGACUCUGGAGUGUGUCACCUUUAUGUGGAUAUACGGAGGUCACAUGCUAGACGAAAACAUAAAGAUGAUGAAUGGAACAAAGAUGCCUCACAUCAUCCGAUUUACGGCCGCGUUUGUUUGUCCCGUCCUCUUUAUUGUGAUCCUGGUAAUUGGAAUGGCUCGGUACAAGCCUCCCGUGUUUGGAACCUACCACUAUCCCAGUUUUGUUGAGGGGAUAGGUAUUCUAAUCAGCAUACUGCCUUUGAUUCCAGUGGUCUACUGGAUAAUGUUGUGUCUGUACAGAAAUAGGGGAGCUGGAUUUCAGAAAGAGGGUCUAAACAAAUUAAUCCGACCAGGAGUUCUGUGGGGACCACGUGACUUGGAUGUCAUCGGCGACUUCCAGGAAGUAGCGGCGAAACAGAAAAGCUGGUCACAAACGGCUUACUAUAACCUCACGGGUAGACAUAGAGAGAUAACUCGUUCGGAAACGUGUGACCAGCCGUACGUCAUGACCAAGAUGAUUUAGAAAUAUAAAGAUAUUUCAUUUAUCAAUCGAUUAUUGUUCAUUGUGUUGUAAUGUUUUCAGAGAAUAUAUCGCAAAAGUAAUGGCAUGAAAUAUGUUUAAAUAUUGAAGUCGAAUUUAACAAUCAAUCAAUACUGUUGUACCUGUAUGUUCACGUAUGACUGAACACAGCCUGGUUUGGUUGGUAUUGUUGACACCUAAAUACUUGAUAAGUUUAAUAACUUUACCAUGAGUUUGUUGACUUUACCAUGAAUUUGUUGACUUUUCCAUGAGCUGUAAACAUUUGUCUGGCAUGUGAUCACACAUCAUGUGCACAUAUGUGUUUCAUGUAACGCAAUAUUUGAGGUAAGAAGUAUAUUUGAAAUACAAAGUCUUAGAACAAAUAUUCUCUAAAUAA